AUGGGCUUCCUCGACUGGAACGACGGUGCCUCCGUCCUCUCAGGCAGAUCUCGCCGUCACAAAUCCUCUCGCUCUCACAAGAAGCGCCGUUCGCGAUCCCGCUCCCGCUCUAGCUCCCGUGAGCGUGAGCGUGGUCGUGGUGGCUUCGCCGAUAUGGCAGACUCCUUCUUUGGCGGAGAUCGCUAUGGCAAGCACAAUUCCUCGCGCUCUUCAUUCUUUGGGCUUGGCGGUAACAACAGCCGCUCCAGCUUCUUUGGAAACAGUCGCUCGUCUUACUACAAGCGCUCCCCACGUCAAGGCUUCGUCCAGAAGACAUACAAGCAACUCAAACGUCUCCUCCGCGACCUCGUCCACUGGGCUAAGCGCCACCCAUGGAAGGUUUUCUUCGUCGUUAUCAUGCCCCUCAUCACGGGCGGAGCUCUGACUGCCCUUCUUGCCCGCUUCGGCCUCCGUAUCCCACCAGCCAUUGAGCGCAUGCUCGGUGUCGCCUCCAAGGCUGCCACCGGCGACUCCUCCGGCCUCGUAGGCGAAGCUGUCCGCAUGGCCAGCGGUUUCGGCGGCAACAGCGCUGUUCGCGUAGAGCGCGACACGCACUCCUACAGCGGUGGCGGCGGUGGUGGCGAUACUUGGGGCGGUUUUGCUGAUAUGGCCAAGAAGUGGAUGUGA